UCCGGUCAGCGGCCUGAGGUGACCUCUCAAAAUGGUUCGCUAUUCACUUGACCCAGAAAACCCCACAAAAUCAUGCAAGUCGAGAGGUUCAAAUCUUCGUGUUCACUUUAAGAACACUCGUGAAACAGCCCAGGCCAUUAAGGGUAUGCAUAUCCGAAAAGCCACCAAGUAUCUGAAGGAUGUCACUUUAAAGAAGCAGUGUGUGCCGUUCCGUCGUUACAAUGGUGGAGUUGGUAGGUGUGCCCAGGCCAAACAGUGGGGCUGGACGCAGGGUCGGUGGCCCAAAAAGAGUGCUGAAUUUUUACUGCACAUGCUCAAAAAUGCAGAGAGUAAUGCUGAACUUAAGGGCUUAGAUGUAGAUUCUCUGGUCAUUGAGCAUAUCCAGGUGAACAAAGCCGCCAAGAUGCGGCGCAGGACAUACAGAGCUCACGGUCGGAUCAACCCAUACAUGAGCUCUCCCUGCCACAUUGAGAUGAUCCUUACUGAAAAAGAACAGAUUGUUCCUAAACCAGAAGAGGAGGUUGCCCAGAAGAAAAAGAUAUCCCAGAAGAAAUUGAAGAAACAAAAACUUAUGGCCCGGGAAUAAAUGCUGCAAAAAAUAAAUGCAAAUAAAAGUAAAAAAAAAA